GGAGGAGGAGGAGGAGGAAGGCGGCAGCAGCAGCUCUCGGGAGGAGCCUGUCCAGCGUGAGACAGCACAUUCAGCCGCCGCCGGCGGUCCUGCAGCAGCGGCGGGCGGCGCGGCGCGGCGCGGCACGGCACGGCACGGCACGGCACGGCACGGCACGGCACGGCACGGCACGGCAGCGCACGGAGCGGCGCAGCGCCGCGGGCAGCAGCCGUUCGGGCAGCGGGGCGACCCUCCGCUCCUCCGGCGGCGGGGGCUCGGUGAGGGCAGCGCAGCUCCGGGAGCCUCCCCGCAUCUCCCGGUCGCCGGCGGAGCAGAGUCAAAAUGUCAGACAAAAGUGAUUUAAAAGCAGAACUUGAGCGCAAAAAGCAGCGUUUGGCUCAGAUAAGAGAAGAAAAGAAACGGAAGGAGGAAGAAAGGAAGAAGAAAGAGGCUGAUCUACAGCAAAAGAAGGAGCCAGCUCAGGAAGAUUCUGACCUAGACCGCAAAAGGAGAGAGACAGAAGCUUUGUUACAGAGCAUUGGUAUAUCCCCAGAACCACCUCUAGUGCAGUCGCUGCAUGUGUUAACAUGGGAUACCUGUUAUUUUCAUUAUUUAGUCCCAACCCCUAUGUCUCCCUCUUCGAAAUCAGUGAGCACACCCAGUGACGCAGGCAGCCAGGACUCGGGAGAUCUGGGACCCAUAGGCAGGACCUUGCAAUGGGACACAGACCCCUCAGUGCUGCAGCUCCAGUCUGACUCUGAACUUGGACGCAGACUGCACAAACUAGGGGUAUCAAAGAUUACCCAGGUUGAUUUCUUACCUCGGGAGGUGGUUUCAUACUCCAAGGAGACACAGACACCUCUUGCCACGCAUCAAUCUGAAGAGGAUGAAGAUGAUGAUGAGAUGGUGGAACCAAAAGCACAGGAUGACUUGGAGACAGAAAAUCAAGACCAGAAGCAGGAAGUGAAAGAAGCUCCUCCUAGAGAACUGACAGAAGAAGAAAAACAGCAAGUUCUCCAUUCAGAAGAAUUCCUGAUAUUUUUUGACCGGACAAUACGUGUAAUUGAGCGAGCUUUGGCUGAAGACUCAGACAUCUUCUUUGACUACAGUGGCAGAGACGUAGAAGAGAAAGAUGGAGACGUUCAAGCAGGAGCCAACCUUUCCUUUAACCGCCAAUUUUAUGAUGAGCACUGGUCAAAGCACCGUGUCGUCACCUGCAUGGAUUGGUCUCUGCAGUACCCCGAGUUGAUGGUUGCAUCUUAUAACAAUAAUGAAGAUGCUCCACAUGAGCCUGAUGGGGUAGCCUUGGUAUGGAACAUGAAGUUCAAGAAAACCACACCGGAAUAUGUUUUCCAUUGUCAGUCCUCUGUGAUGUCUGUCUGUUUUGCUCGCUUUCACCCAAACCUGGUCGUUGGUGGAACAUACUCUGGCCAAAUUGUCUUGUGGGAUAAUCGCAGUCACAGGCGCACUCCAGUUCAGAGAACCCCCUUAUCUGCUGCUGCUCACACGCAUCCUGUCUAUUGUGUGAAUGUCGUUGGAACCCAGAACGCGCACAAUCUCAUUACCGUCUCUACGGAUGGCAAAAUGUGCUCCUGGAGCCUGGACAUGCUCUCAACUCCACAGGAGAGCAUGGAGCUGGUGUACAAUAAGUCCAAACCAGUGGCAGUUACAGGAAUGGCUUUCCCAACCGGAGAUGUCAAUAACUUUGUCGUUGGCAGUGAAGAGGGAACAGUCUACACAGCCUGUCGUCAUGGAAGUAAAGCUGGCAUUGGUGAAAUUUUUGAAGGCCACCAAGGACCCGUCACAGGAAUCAAUUGUCACAUGGCAGUGGGUCCAAUUGACUUUUCCCAUCUCUUUGUCACAUCAUCAUUUGACUGGACAGUCAAGUUGUGGACCACAAAGCACAACAAGCCGCUCUACUCCUUUGAAGACAAUGCCGACUAUGUCUACGAUGUCAUGUGGUCGCCAGUGCAUCCCGCGCUCUUCGCCUGCGUGGACGGGAUGGGGCGCCUGGAUCUGUGGAACCUGAAUAACGACACCGAGGUUCCCACAGCCAGCGUCACCAUAGAAGGAGCUUCUGCCCUCAACCGUGUCCGCUGGGCCCAGGCUGGGAAGGAGGUGGCAGUUGGUGAUUCAGAAGGUCGCAUAUGGAUCUAUGAUGUUGGAGAGCUGGCUGUUCCGCACAACGAUGAAUGGACCCGCUUCGCUCGGACCCUGGUGGAAAUCCGCGCCAACCGAGCGGACAGUGAAGAGGAAGGGGCGGUGGAGCUGUCGGCCUAGAGGAGGAGGAGGAAGAGGAGGAGGAGGAGAAGAAGCAGCGCCCGCCGUCGCCAGAACAGCAGCUUUCCCCCGCCGAGUACGCCGGUGUUCAGUGUCAGAGUCAGUCUUGCUGCGGCUUUUGAUGCCAGUGUACGUGCCAGUAUUGCUCGAAGCAUUCCAUAUUAAUCCCGCUGCUUUACACAAGGCUGAAAAUAUCCAGAGCAUUUUCAUACUUUAUAUUUCUGUCUGAAAAGUAAGAAAGAAAAGACAAAUCAACCCUUUAUGGGUUUAGUUGUUGCCUUUUAACUACUUAGUAGCUGUAUUUAAUAGCUAGGAACCCCUGGUUAAACUUGUGCUCACAUUGCCCUUCUGGCAUAGUCCUAUUAAAUCCAUAUGAAGCCAGAUAUGAUUAUGUGCAGAUGUGGUGUGCUUCACUGUAUGGGACUGGGCCAAAGACUUUAGAUGUGGUGUUUCACAUGGUGACUUACAUUAUGAAUGGAUGUACUAUACGAAAGUUGCUGCUCCUUAUUUAUUGCGGUGUGCUGCAUGGAACAUAUUUAUUUGAAAGCAUUAAAAUAAACGAUCCUAAAGCAUGUGCAUAAUGAGAGAACUGCAUUGUCUGUGUGCUGCUGUAGAGGUUACAUUAAAGUCCACAUAACAAUUACAGUACAUCAGUUGUGCUUAAGAUGUAAGAUCUAUAAAGGUUGGCUUGAGUGGAUGGAAUGAGUUUCCUUUCCUUUUUUUUUUUUCAAGAUGCCUAUUAUUUCUAGGCACUUUAACUAUAUUUCAAAUACAGUUGGUCACUGAUACUUGUCAUGCAAGUUAACACUAACAGUCUGACAAAGGGUUGUGGUUCCCGAGUAUGACACUGGUAUUGCCAAUAAAAUGCAUCGAGCCCGUUC